CCAUGACAGGAUCCGAGACCACUGAAGCUGAUGAAGACAUACACAACAAAUCCUUACUCACAAUAUUAUCACGAAACAAAAUUUUAAAUUUUACCAAAAAAAUUUUAUGUCUUUCCAACAGUUUGCUAAACAUAAUCUAAAGUUUCUUGAAUUAUAUGUCGUUGUGCACUUUCUGUGUCACGGAGUCUGUGUCACCCACACAUCAACACACUCACAUUCACCUAGUGAUGUUUCUCUUUAGUUUUUAUGGACCUGGGUUACUGUUUAACAUCUCCACCCUAGCUUAAGUUUGUUUAGUAAAUCGAUCUUAUGACAGGGCUUUGAUGGCGCCAUCCAAUGUGUCGCUCCAUGAAUAAUUGGCAGCUCAGCUCUCCAGCCUUCCCUUUUAAUGUUUUCCAACACUUUAAACUAUUUUAAAACUCAGUGCUCCAUAAGCCUGAUGGCUGACUGACGGCUGCUCCCUGUCAGAGUACAGCAAUACUACUGGAUAAAUGCACAUACUAGACAGAAACAGUAACGCAGACAGUAUGCCAACAGAACCAAGCCACUCUGGUCCAGAUGGGCUGAAUGCUAACUGCGCAAUCUGUGGAGACAAAGCCACAGGAAAACACUAUGGGGCUUCUAGCUGCGAUGGCUGCAAAGGCUUCUUUAGACGCUCCAUACGCAAAAACCAUGUGUAUACCUGCAGGUUCAGCAGACAGUGCGUGGUUGACAAGGAUAAGAGGAACCAAUGUCGUUUCUGCAGACUCAACAAAUGCUUUAGAGCUGGCAUGAAAAAAGAAGCUGUACAGAAUGAGAGAGAUCGGAUCAGUUCCCGAAGAGUCAUCCCAGAUUCUCAAGACCUUCCCCCCAUUACUAUCUUAGCGCAGGCAGAGUCAUUAUCCCAACAAAUCAUCACUCCUGUAGGACUAGUAGACGUAUCGGAUGUGAAAUCAGCCACUGUGGGGGAUGUGUGUGAUUCUAUGAGGCAACAGCUGUUGGUUUUGGUGGAAUGGGCCAAAUAUAUUCCUUCCUUUGGCGAGUUGCCACUGGAUGAUCAGGUGAGCUUGCUCAGGGCUCAUGCAGGUGAACAUCUCUUGCUUGGGGUUGCCAAAAGGUCAAUGCCAUUCAAGGACUUCCUCCUUUUAGGUAACGGCUGUGUGAUACACAGGAACGGCCCUGAACCUGAGAUUUGCAGAGUUGCCAGCAGGAUAUUAGACGAGCUGGUCCAGCCCUUCCAAGAUAUUCAGAUAGAUGACAACGAGUAUGCAGCUCUCAAGGCAAUUGUCUUUUUUGACCCAGAUGCAAAGUCGUUGCGGGACCCAACGAAAAUUAAGACUAUGCGUCUUCAGGUUCAGAUGAGUCUGGAAGACUACAUAAACGACCGUCAGUACGACUCCAGGGGUCGUUUCGGAGAGCUCUUACUGCUGCUUCCCACCCUGCAGAGCAUCACCUGGCAAAUGAUUGAACAGCUCCAGUUCAUUAAGCUAUGCGGCCUGGCCAAGAUAGACAACCUGCUGCAGGAGAUGCUGCUGGGAGGGCUAACAACAGAGUCCAGCCACCUCCACCAUGCGACACACACCCAGUUGACCCAGGACCAUGUGACUGGACACACCCUUGUCAUCAGCACCAUGCCUGCUGCUCACGUUCCACAAAUAGCUUCACCUGAGACUCCCAUCCCAUCGCCACCACAGGGUCCCACCACAGAAAUGUACAAACAUUUCCCUCAGCCUCAUUGUCCUCCUGCCAGCCCCUCACCUUCUACACAGACGGACCCCUGACUCCUUCCUGCCUUAUGACAAAGAGUCUGUCACGAAAUCAGUUUUCUUUUUCUUGGAUGAAUAGUUUAUUAUACUGAUGUGAAAGUUAGGAAGGCACUCCUUAUUCAGUAUGUCUUAAAGACUCCCCCCCCCCCCCCUAGAGUUAAAGCAACAAUGGUCUCAGAAUAAUUGCCUGCCUUUCAAAGGUAAGCUUUUAUUCAAAUUUAAACCCUCACAAGUCUACAUCUUUCAACAAGAGACCAGACACAGGGGCUUCAGCUGUAAUGAUCAGAGGACGGGGCGCAAUUUAGGGGCUCAUUUCGAAUCCAGCUGGUGUUCCACCCAGCUCCGAUCAUUCGAAUCAUUCCAAUAGUCAUCUCACAGUGGUAGGAAUGAUGUGUGUGAGUAAACUCUAAUGAUGGCUUAGCUGUAUCUUUAUUACUUGAACAGCCUUACAAUAACAACAGGCUUGGUCAUCUGAAAAAAAAAAUGCUAUGUAUAUAUUUUGAGCAACUAUUGCUCAUGGUUUCCAGGCUUAAAAGACAUUUUCUGGAUUUUUUUUUUGGCAAUGCCGAUUUGUCUGAAUGAAGUAGAAUGAAAAAUAAAAAGAACAAUUCUAAGUGUUAGACAUUUUAAUGAGGUAUACAUUUUCGAGCAGAUACUGCCAUUUAGCUGCUUUUGAGUUAUUCCAAUAGUUGCUCAUCAGCUACCCAUCUAACCCAUACGUCUAAAAGCAAAAAUAAGAAAGCACACAAGUCUUUGAGCUUUGGAGUUUAUGUAAACGAUUUAAUAGAAAGUGAAGAACAGAUGAGCUGUCAGAUUGAUCCGUCACCUGCCACAGUCUCCAAAAGCAGCCAGCUUGGCUCUCUGACUUGACCUGACCCAAAACUGGAUUUGCACGCAAAGUAGAUUAGCUAAAAGACAAAUGGUUCAACAUGAAACAGCACAGUGUAAAAAAAAAAAAA